AUGGGCGCGGACACCGUCGGAAUCUUCGCGUUUGACCCAGAGGACCCAGAAUGCGCCGCCCUCCUCGCCGCCCACGGCCCCGGCGCGGCCGCGCUCGAGCGGUCUGUCGUGAUGCGGGGGUUCGAGUGGUCCGCCGUCUGCCUGCGCGCCGGCGGCGGGCGCUGGCUGAUCGUGCCGGACGCGAAGCAGGCGGACGCGCUGCCCACCGACUUUGCGCGGCUGUACAAGGAGUGCGGCCUCCGCAGCCUUGCCGCAGUGCCCGUGGGACCGCCCGGGGGUGCCCCGCUAGGGGCGCUGGUGCUGGCCAGGCGGGAGCCCUACGAUUUUGGCGAGAGCAGGUCUGCCCUGUGGAUGAGCGCCGCGGGGACGGCGCUCCUGCAGCACAUGCGGCCGGCGCAGGCGAGCACCACCCACCCGACCCCGCACUUGACCCUCCGCAGCGCACGCACGCGCGUGCGAGUGGGGCAGGCUGUGCGGCUGCUGCGGUCCAUAGACGAGGCCGAGGACCCCGUUGAGGCCAUCAGCGCGCUGGUGCAGGGCGGCGCCGGCGGCGGCGGUGACGCGCCGGGCGCUGCGGCGGGGGCGGGCACGACGCCGGCGUCGCCGCGCGAGUCGGCCGUCUUGGCGUCUGCGGCGGCGGAUGACGUCACCGUGACUCAGCUCUCAAUGUCCAACACGCUACUGGCGAGCGCGGUGUCGCUGCGGCAGGCGCGGUUCGUGCAGGACGCCGUGGCAUACCUUCAGAACAACCCCAGCCCCGCGCGCGACCUGUUCACCGCUGCGGCCGCUGCCCCAGUGACGUCCGUCGUGGUGGUGCCGCUAGUGGGCCCGGACGACGCGGCCGUGGGGGCGCUCUACUUCACCCAGUCCUGCGCCUGCGACUUUGCCAACAUACAGGACGCGCUGCUGGGUUUUGUUCACUGCGUCACGCUGACGCUACAGCAGAAGCUGGCGGGGCAGGCCGCGGCCCUCAAGGCCAUGGCUGUGCAGCCAGCUGUCGCGGCACACAGAAUCUGA